AUGUCCCUAAUCUUGCUGAUGGGAAUCCCAGGCGCCGGAAAAUCGAGCCUCCGUCGUCGUCUAUGCUCCGCCCAUCCUGACCUCAUCGAAUCCACCUCGUUUGACGAUUUCCGACGGCAAAUGCGCUCCGCUGUGGAUUUGAGCGCGCGGGAGAUUCGAAAAUCGUUUGAGCGCGAAUUUCAAAUUUGCGCGAUUUCCCGCCAAAAGUUCUACCUCAUCGAAGACAUUUUUCACCUGAAAAGUAUGCGUCGGAAGUUUCGAAAAAUCGCAAAAAAUCGAUUAUUGGAAUUUGGCGUUGUCUUUUUGGAGUGCACGUCUUCUGAAGCGAUUCGAAGGGAUUCUAGAAGACGUUCUGAUGAAAGGCAAGGGGAAACAACGAUUUUGCGGAUUUUCGAAGCGCUGGAAGUUCCAGAAAAUUCUGAAGAAAAAUCGAUAAUUUUGGGGCAAGAGGAAGCGAAAAAUAUCGAUUUUUGGGAGAUUUUGAGAAGGCUGGGGAUUGGAAACGAGACACCGUCAGAAGAGAAUUCAGAAUUGGCAAACAAAUCUGACAAAUUUCCGAAAAAAAAUUUGACGCCUUCUGAAUCUUCUCUAGAGCAAAUCGACGUCUCCACACGGCGAUGUGUCUCCGAACUGAUUCAAAACGAUCGAUCAAUCGAUGGACGACGAAUGGCUCUGGCGCGAAAAAUUCUAAUCGAUAAUUUGAAAAAACGCCCUGAUAUUGAAAUUUUGUCGAAUUGUAAUCUUAAAAGGGAAUUAAUUUGUAUUUAUGAGAAAAUGGAUGCCUAA